UCUCUCUUCGCGUUUUUCACCCCCCUAUGCCGUUUACAUGUGGAGACGAGCCACGGGGGCAAAAAAAACAGAGACAUCAACGCGCUAUCUCCGGCUCGAGCGAGUGGCACCGUGGAACGAACCGCCGAGAUGGGCCAGAGGAAUAUUUAACAUCAAACAUGGACACUACGGGCUCCCCGCGAUGACUGUGCUCCCUCCGAUGGUGCACUGAGGAGCUCUGUGGACACAAUAGAGUAGCAUCCUCCCUCCUCUCUCCCCUCUGCUCCCAUUGCCCCUCCCUGCUUCUCCUGUGCCAGUCCCAGCCACCCACUGACCAUCUCCCCAUAGAGCCGUCCUAUACUUAUGUAACAUAGGAAUACACAGCUUUUUGUUCUGUAAAUAAGAAAGUAUAAAAGUCUCAAGGCAAUAAGAUUAUGAUGCGGACAUGACCAAAGGAAUGCUAUUUUUGAAAAGAAGUAAUGAUUUAUAUUUUGUACUUUAGAAAAAACAAGGCACGACAUUUGCACGCACAAUCCCAAUCCUAUUUAUUUCCUAAGUAACAAACGAAUACAAACACCACGAUCUCAUGAUGAUGUGCGAAGUGAUGCCCACCAUUUCGGAGGAUGGGCGCAGCGGGACAGGCGGCGGGCCCACCUCUCCUGGUGGGCCAGGGGUCGGGGCAGGUGGGGGUCCCGGGGGUGCCAUGGGGGGAGGUGGGGGCUUCAGCGGCCGGGACCCUAGAGGAGGAGGGGGUGGGGAUGAAGGAGGAAGCACAGGCAACCUGGAGUCCCUGAUGGUCAACAUGCUGACGGAGCGAGAACGCCUUUUGGAGAAUCUACGGGAGACCCAGGAUAGUUUGGGGACAGCUCAGCUCCGCCUCCGAGAGCUGGGACACGAGAAGGAGUCUCUACAGAGGCAGCUGUCCAUCGCACUGCCACAGGAGUUUGCUGUUUUAACAAAGGAGUUGAACGUUUGCCGGGAGCAGCUUCUGGAGCGAGAGGAGGAGAUCGCCGAGCUUAAGGCGGAGAGAAACAACACACGUUUGUUGCUGGAGCACCUGGAGUGUUUGGUGUCCCGUCAUGAGCGCAGUCUGAGGAUGACCGUGGUGAAGCGACAGGCCCAGUCUCCAGCAGGGGUCAGCAGUGAGGUAGAAGUCCUAAAGGCCCUCAAGUCCCUGUUUGAGCACCACAAGGCCCUGGAUGAAAAGGUCCGAGAGCGGCUGCGUGUGGCCCUUGAGAGAGUGUCCAUGUUAGAAGAUCAACUUGCAGCAUCUUCUCAAGAGGUAAUCUCUUUAAGAGACCAAAUUAAAAGACGUCAACAAGGGGUGGACGGCGGGAAAGAUCGCCUUCCUAAUGGCCCCUCCUCCAGCCUGGAGGAUGGAGAGCUGGAGCGGCAGAGAGAGGGAGAGAUAGAGAGACAGAGAGCUGAGCUGUCCCAGCUCCGCGAGAGGCUAGCCCUCAUGUGUCGACAGGUUGGUGAAAUAGAGGAACAGCUUGCGGCCGCCAGGAGAGAAGUGACGAAGACAGAGGAGGCCAAUCAGAAACUGCAAAGGGAAGUCAAGGAGGCUCUAUGCCAAAGAGAGGAUAUGGAGGAAAGAAUCACAACACUAGAACGCAGGUACCUCAGUGCCCAGAGGGAGGCGACUUCUCUCCAUGAUAUUAAAGACAAGCUGGAAAAUGAGCUGGCCAGCAAAGAAUCCCUGUACAGACAGAGUGAAGAGAAAAACCGGCAGCUUCAGGAGCGUUUGGAUGAGGCCAAACAGAAGCUGCAGCAGACCCUGCAGAGGGCUGAGACCCUGCCUGAAAUCGAGGCCCAGCUCGCCCAGAGAGUGGCAGCCCUCAAUAAGGCUGAGGAGCGGCAUGGGAACUUUGAGGAAAGACUUCGACAAAUGGAGGCCCAGCUCGAGGAAAAGAACCAGGAACUUCAGAGGGCUAGGCAGAGAGAGAAGAUGAAUGACGAGCACAACAAGCGUCUGUCAGACACUGUGGACAAGCUCCUGUCUGAGUCUAAUGAGAGACUGCAGCUGCACCUGAAAGAGAGGAUGGCUGCUUUGGAGGAGAAGAAUGCACUUUCAGAAGAACUGUCAAAUAUGAAGAAGAUUCAGGAUGAUCUUCUUGCAAAUAAGGAACAGCUCCUCGCUGAACUGGAGCGCAUCCAACUAGAGCUGGACCAGCUGAGGGGCAGGCCCGGAUCCUCUUAUUCCAGGGCAGGUAGCGUGAGUUCUCUCCCCUCCACCCUUUUCCGAAGAUCUCUUCCUGGCAGCUCGUCCGAGCUACGGUACCCCCAAGGAGGGGGCUCCCUGCCGGCAGGCUAUGGCAACUCUUCAGGAAGUGUGGUGGUCAGGAGGACACACCGGGGCCGAUGGGGCAGCAGAGAUGAUAGUAAUAAGUAUGGUGACUGGGAUAGCAGUGGAAUGCUGGCUCCAGGAUUUGAAGGUGGAGUGGAGGGAGGCUGCUCUGACGAUGAGGACGACAGGGAGACACUGUUCGGCUCCGAGCUGUUGUCUCCCAGUGGACAGACAGAUGUCCAGACACUGGCCAUCAUGCUUCAGGAGCAACUGGAGGCCAUCAACAAAGAGAUUAAACUGAUCCAGGAGGAGAAGGAGAGCACGGAGAUGAGAGCAGAGGAGAUAGAGAGCCGUGUGAGCAGUGUGGCUCUAGACACCCCUGCACUGCCUCCCUCUUCUCUAGGCGGCAGGGGGUACAUCACCCCCUCAAUCACCUCCUCCACCUUAGCCUCGCCCUCACCUCCCAGUUCAGGACAUUCCACCCCUCGCCUUCCCCAUUCUCCUGCCAGAGAGACAGAACGACAGAAUAGCAAAGAGGGUGAGGAAUGCCGAGCUCUCGCCCUGAUAGACUCCACCCCUCCACCUGUUCCCCGAGCUCUGAGACUGGACAGAAUGACACACACUCAUCCAGGUGCAGGCCUAGAUGACCACAGAGAGUUUCGCAGCCUCUCUGCUGAUGGAGCUACAACUGCUAGUCAAGAUUCCCUGCACAAAGCCAGCAAAAAGAAAAGCAUUAAGUCAUCAAUUGGACGCCUUUUUGGUAAAAAGGAAAAGGGAAGAAUGGGUGCCCCUGGUCGGGAAUCUUCCUCACUAGCAUCUACUCCAUCCGAUGACUUGGGAUCAGCUGACCCCUUAGGCUUAGCCAAACUUGGGACAGGAACUGUGGAAAAAGAUCGCAGAAGCAAAAAGAAACACGAUCUGCUGGAGGAGGCCUGUCGUCAGGGUCUGCCUUUUGCCUCGUGGGACGGUCCCACUGUAGUUACAUGGCUUGAGCUGUGGGUUGGGAUGCCAGCCUGGUAUGUGGCAGCAUGUCGUGCCAACGUGAAAAGUGGCGCCAUCAUGGCUAACCUUUCUGACACAGAGAUCCAGAGAGAGAUUGGCAUCAGUAACCCACUGCACAGACUCAAACUGCGUUUGGCCAUCCAGGAAAUGGUGUCUCUCACCAGCCCGUCUGCUCCAGCAAGCACACGCUCUUCUACAAGUAAUAUUUGGAUGACACAUGCUGAGAUGGAGUCCCUCGCUGCUGCCACCAAACCAGAGCAGAAGGAGUUCAGCUGGGAUCAGAUCCUGGCCUAUGGAGACAUGAACCAUGAAUGGGUUGGAAAUGAAUGGCUGCCCAGUCUGGGUCUCCCACAGUAUCGUUCAUACUUCAUGGAAUCUUUAGUGGACGCUCGCAUGCUCGAUCACCUCACAAAGAAAGAACUGAGGGGACAACUCAAAAUGGUGGACAGUUUCCACCGGGUCAGUCUCCAUUAUGGCAUCAUGUGUUUGAAACGUCUGAACUAUGAUAGAAAGGAGCUGGAGAGAAGAAGAGACGAGAGCCAGCAUCAGAAUCAAGAUGUGAUGGUGUGGUCCAAUGAGCGAGUGAUGUGCUGGGUUCAGUCUAUUGGCCUAAAAGAGUUUGCAGACAACCUGUUAGAGAGUGGGGUCCAUGGGGCACUGCUGGCACUGGACGACACCUUUGACUACACCGAUUUGGCACUUUUACUGCAGAUACCAAAUCAAAAUACACAGGCAAGGCAACUCCUUGAGAAAGAGUACAAUGCCCUCAUCUCCAUGGGAACUGAGAGGCGGCCAGAUGAGGAUGGCACAAAAACAUUCACGCGCUCUCCAUCGUGGAGGAAGAUGUUCCGAGAGAAGGACCUUCGCGGGGUGACUGCAGACUCCGCUGAGACGUUACCUGCCAACUUCCGUGCCUCGGCCAUAGCUACUCCGUCAGUCACUCUGAGGAAAGUGCAGAGUGAAGCCAAUUCUGGUCAAAGAGCAGAGUCGGGGUCCGUCAGAACAUAUUCAUGUUAAAAGAUAAGCACAGCAGAAUCCCAUUCCCAACUGAAU